UCCUUGUUGGAUACACAUACACACACAUACUCCCACUUCCAUCUCUCUGUUUCUGAAGACUCACCCUUUUUCAUCGUAUUUUCCUCCCUCCGUAUUCUUUACAAAUCAUACAGCAAGGCCACACAUAUAUUAUACACACACAUACUCGUUUCUUUUUCAUUUCACUUGUCUCCAGCAAAACCCCCAUCAACAACUAUAAAUAUGGCAGCAGCAUAUCAGGGUAAUACUCAAACUGAACCUGCUAAAAUGGAGCAAAUAAUCACUGCUUUUUUCGCAAAGACUCUUCAUGUAGUGCUCGAGUCUAGGUCCCCGUAUGUUUCCUCUCGCCAUUAUAGUGGGGAACAAAAUUUGUCAUCCCCGUCUUCUUCUUCUUCUUCGGCAAGUACAAGGCCUAAGGACAAGUGGUUUAAUUUAGCACUUCCAGAAUGUCCUGCUGCCCUGGAGAAUAUUGAUUAUUGGCAUCAGAGUAUUCUUGAACCUAUGGUGAUUGAUGUGAUCUUGGUGCAGAAAGCGAUGAGUUGGGACCCUGCUGAUUGUACACCAAGAAAUAGUCUUGGUAGGAAUUUUUCAGGAAAAGAGCAGUAUCCUUCUAGUUUGAAUCCCGAGCUUGAUGAGCUGGGGUUUGAGGUAAAGAAUGAAAAAGUAAUUGAGAGAUGGAUUGUGCACUAUGAGAGUCGGAAGGUUAAUAGGGAAAAUGUACCAGGUCACAGAAGGUUGAGCAGCAACAGUUCACAUGUAGUGUACAAAAAAUCAGUAUUGCUUUUAAGGUCCUUAUAUCUAACUGUAAGGCUUUUGCCUGCUUAUAAGCUUUUUCGUGACCUCAUCUCCUCUGGCCAAAUUAGGACAUAUAACCUAACUCAUCGUGUUUCAUCUUUUGUUGAGCCCUUUACUCAUAGAGAAGAAUCAGAUAUGCAACAGUUUGUAUUCAACCCAGUGGAUACAUCAUGUGGUAGGCUCUGCGUUUCAGUUUUGUAUCGUUCUUCACUCUGUGAUACAGGUUCUGAACCUUCAACACCUAUGUCCCCUCAAUUCAUACCAGAUUAUGUUGGUAGCCCGUUGGCAGAUCCACUUAAGAGGUUCCCAUCUUUAUCUGCGCCCCAACGCUAUGCUUCUUCUUCUCCAUUCGAAAGACGUCAUAGUUGGAGUUAUGACCAAUAUAGGGCCUCUCCACCUUUAGCAUAUCCUUCUCCAUCACCCACAUACUCAGAUUCCCAUGCUUCAGCAUCAAGAUUUUCUUCUCCACAUCUCCCUCCAAUGAGUGUACCCCGUUACUUGCAUGAAGUACCUCAUGUUCAUACAAAGCAGACAAGUAUUGAUGAGUAUUGGCCUUUCCCUUCAUUUUCGCCAUCUCCAUCCCCUUCGCCACCUACUCAUGUUUCCGAUCGUCAGAUAAGUAAGGCCCUUUUACGUUCGGAGAGUGCUCCACUUAGCAUACCUCAUGGUAAGCUUUCUAAUACACCUCUGUUGUUAAACACACAAAACUUCCCAGCUUCCCCUCCGUUGAAAACUACACGAGUCAUCUCUAGGAUGGACAGAGGUUCAAGUUUGGUUCAAACUGGCUCAGUGUCAGCAGUUGGAAAGCUAUUGCCCCUUGGAGGAGGUGAAACUGGAAAUUCAUUAGGUGUGAGGUUAUCAUCCAAUAGCUCACCACGAAAAUCAUAUUCUAGAAGCUCUAGUAGGUUAUCUUAUGAGGAUACUUUUGAUGAUUCCGAAUUUUCUGGGCCCUUUGUCGUGGAUGAUGAUGAUACAACAGAUCCAGGUAGCAGGCCUCCCUCAUUUGAUCAGCGUGAACCAAAUGAACCUGGUGGAAUAUUUCCAAUAGUAAAAUCCCAAGAUGCUGCAGUUGGUGCUCUUGUUCAUAUGCUGAAGAAAGCUCCUCCCCUUCGUCAAGACUUGUCUGAGUCGAGAUAUUUGGGUAAAAGCUCCAAGUGUGAGGCCUUAGGGGGUCGUUCCAGGGAGCCUGUUCAGAUUUCUGGAGGUUCAGGGUUUCGGCAAGCUUCUUCUUCAAGCUUAGAGCCUUCUGGAGUUUUUUCCUCCAAGACAACCACUGAUGCACUAGAAGAGCUCCGAGGGUACCGAGAGAUGAAAGACUUGCUGCUGAGGCAAGGUGGCAGGUCCUAGUUGUGAGCUAGUUUUUCAUUAAACUUGAAAUGUUUUUGUGGUGAUGUGGGACUAGGUUUUAAGCUCAUGUUGCUCAUAUACUCAGUUGAAUGUAUGUAUAUAAUCUUGUUUGAGAGUGACAGAAUGACAACCGGGAAUUUAACAAAUGUAUAAAUUAUUGUAUAUAUAAGGAACAUAAAUAAAGGCAGUUCAGAGGUUUGUAAAGUCAAAAGAGCAAUUGUCUAUCGGAGUGUUGAUGUACAAAUUUGCAACAUUAAUAUUAGAGGUGGCAAUCGUUUGGUUUCGGAUA